GCCCUCAGCGGCUGUGCCGCUCUGCGCCGCGCUACUCGCUUCCGCUGACGCCAUUUCCGGGUGGGGCGGAGGGGAGAGGGGAGGGCCAUGUCUUCAGACUCCAGCAAGAAGAGGAAACCCAAAGUGAUCCGCACGGACGGGGGCCCCCAGGAGGGCAAACGGGGCAAGGGUGAUGCUGAGCAGGAUGUGCGUUACUACAGUGAGGAGGGGGAGGUGGAUCUCCGGGACCCCAUCAAGGAUUAUGAACUCUACAGAGACACCUGCCAGGAGCUCCAGAGGCUGAUGGCAGAAAUCCAGGAGCUGAAGACCCGAGGGAUCAAGGAUAAUGCUGCAGAGAUCGAUGAGAGGAGGCUCCAGAGCUGUGUGCACUUCAUGACCCUGAAGAAGCUGAACCGCCUGGCACACAUCCGUCUGAAAAAGGGCAGAGACCAAACCCACGAGGCAAAGCAGAAAGUUGAUGCCUAUCACCUGCAGCUCCAGAACUUGCUCUAUGAGGUGAUGCACCUGCAGAAGGAGAUCACCAAGUGCCUGGAAUUCAAAUCAAAACAUGAGGAGAUUGAGCUGGUGAGCCUGGAGGAGUUUUACAGAGAGGCCCCUCCUGAAAUCAGUCGUCCUUCCAUCACCCUCUCUGAGCCCCACCAGCAGACCCUGGCCAGACUGGACUGGGAGCUGGAGCAGAGGAAGAGGCUGGCAGAGAAGUACAAGGAGUGCCUGACCAGCAAGGAGAAGAUCCUGAAGGAGAUUGAGGUGAAGAAGGAAUAUCUGAGCAGCCUCCAACCUCGACUCAACAGCAUCAUGCAGGCCUCCCUGCCUGUCCAGGAGUAUCUCUUCAUGCCCUUUGACCAGGCACACAAGCAGUACGAGACAGCCCGGCACCUCCCACCACCUCUCUACGUCCUCUUCGUUCAAGCCAGUGCCUAUGGGCAGGCCUGUGAUAAGAAACUCGUGGUGGCCAUUGAAGGGAGCGUGGAGGAAGCCAAAGCCCUGUACAAGCCACCUGAGGACUCCCAGGAUGAUGAGAGCGACUCUGACGCAGAGGAGGAGCAGACAACGAAGCGGCGCCGUCCCACCCUGGGUGUGCAGCUGGAUGACAAACGCAAGGAGAUGCUGAAGAGGCACCCUUUGUAUGUCACCAUCGACCUCAAAUGCAAGGAUGAGAAUGUCCUUCACCUCACCUUCUACUACCUGAUGAACCUCAAUGUCAUGACAGUGAAAGCCAAGGUGACCACUGCUCUUGAGAUGACAACUGCCAUCAGUGCUGGUGACCUGCUCUCCCCAGACUCCCUCCUUAACUGCCUCUAUCCAGGAGACCACGGAAGGAGAACUCCCAACCCAGCCAACCAGUUCCAGUUUGAUAAAGUGGGCAUUGUGACCUUGAGUGACUAUGUGGCAGAGCUGGGGCACCCCUACCUCUGGGUGCAGAAGUUGGGAGGGCUGCACUUUCCCAAGGAUCAGCCUCAGCACACGGUGACAGCUGACAACUCCCUGAGUGCCAGCCACAUGGAGCUGACAGUGAAGCUGCUGCGGUCCCGCCUGCAGUCCCGCCUGGCUCUGCACAAGCAGUUUGCCUCCCUCGAGCACGGGGUUGUGCCAGUCUCCAGCGAGUGCCAGCAUCUCUUCCCUGCCAAGAUUGUCUCCCGGCUGGUCAAGUGGACAGCCAUUCCCUAUGAAGAUUAUGCAGAGCUGCCCUACACUAAAGAUGUCAUCGAGGCAGGCUUGGCUGAGGACACUCACCUCUACUACAUGGCCCUGAUUGAAAGAGGCACAGCCAAGCUGCAGGCUGCUGUGGUGGUGAACCCAGGGUAUUCCACCCUGCCCCCUGUCUUCAGCCUCUGUCUCAACUGGAAAGGGGAAAGGACCAGCAGCAAUGAUGACAACAUCAGGGCCAUGGAGAGUGAGGUGAAUGUACACUACAAGGAGCUCUGGGGCCCCAAGCCAGGCUCCCAGCUGCUGACCAACCAGCUCCAGAGGCUCUGCAUGGUGCUGGAUGUCUACUUGGAGACUGAGCCCCACGACCCCAGUGUGGAGGGACCCAAGGAGUUUCCCCAGGAGAAAAUGUGUCUGCGUUUGGUCAGGGGACCCAUGCGCCUGAAACCCUUCAAGUUCAACCACCCCCAGGGCUUCUUCAGCCACCGCUGAGCCUCAUCCUGCCCACAGAGAGGAGCAGCCCCAUCCCACACUUCUUUUAAUUUUCAGAGAUUUUGGGGGGGAGUUCAACUGAAGAUUUUGUAGCCCAAAGGAUUAAACCCUGUGCUGAAGGCAGA